UCCAUCUUCGGGCAGCGAGUCUUUGUGCUCAGCGUUUUAUUUGCCAUUGCCGAGCGGUGGUAAACAAGGCUGUAUUUUUUAUAUCCGUUCAAAAUGGGACACGAAUGAAUGCCAUUUGCACGGAUAUAUUUUAUUCUAUGUCGCGCGGAGAGUGAUAGCUUUCGACAAUCUCUUGAAAUCAUCAAAUAACAAGGGAGCAAUGCGCGAGUACAAAGUGGUGGUCCUCGGCAGCGGUGGGGUCGGGAAAUCCGCCCUCACUGUUCAGUUUGUGACCGGGACGUUUAUUGAGAAGUACGACCCGACCAUAGAAGAUUUUUACCGCAAAGAAAUCGAGGUGGAUUCCUCACCCUCUGUUCUGGAGAUUCUUGACACUGCUGGUACCGAACAGUUCGCAUCCAUGCGGGACCUUUACAUAAAAAAUGGCCAAGGCUUCAUACUGGUCUACAGUCUUGUCAACCAGCAGAGCUUCCAAGACAUCAAACCCAUGAGGGACCAGAUCAUCAGAGUGAAAAGGUACGAGAAAGUCCCAGUGAUCCUGGUGGGGAACAAGGUGGACCUGGAGAGUGAGAGGGAGGUGUCGGCCAGCGAGGGCCAGGCUCUGGCCGAGGAGUGGGGCUGCCCCUUUAUGGAGACCUCGGCCAAGAGCAAAACCAUGGUGGACGAACUGUUCGCCGAGAUAGUUCGGCAGAUGGACUACGCCGCCCAGCCAGACAAGGAUGACCCAUGCUGCUCCUCCUGCAAUAUACAAUAGCCCCAGAGCCUAGGGGACGCCAGGGGCCAGGGGAGAGAGGAAGUCUGCAUACACCAAGAUACUGUACACCGAGAGGAGGAUUAUACUCACACCAACAACAUGGAUGAUUAAUAAACUCAUGGUAGAACUGUGGUGGAUUUUAACUCAUUGGUGCAUAAAAUCAGUCAUGAUGUAAUUGAUAAUAAUGAUAUGUUAAUAAUUAAUAGAAUGAAAUGAGGAAUGCAAAGGAUUUGCGCAAGAGAAACCGGACUAAAGAAAAGUGCACUCGCCUUAUGUUAUCCUGUUUUCUCUGGCGGAGAAAAAAAAUAUGUCUUGAGUCGUCCGUGCAGAAUUACAGGUUUUGUAGUCUAUGUUUUCUGCGAUCGGCUUCGGUAAUGUUUAUUUGACAUUGUUUUGGUCUUGUUGAUAUGACCCAGUUUCUCUGAGCACAUCAAGCUGGAGCCUUCUUUCUCCAUUUUAAGUUACCAUGACAGCGCAGAGCGGCAGAUAGAGGGGAGGAGAUAAACCCUCUGAUCAACUUGUUUGAAACAUUGAUGAGUAAUUGAUUUGCGUCCUAAAUUUUCCUGUACAGAGAAAGAGAGGGCCUACCUACCUUCAUCCAAGGGGACGUUUUUUGUUGUUGCACAUCACUAGGACAGAACCAAAGAGGUGACUUGAAAGCGCCUCCAUUUUUUCCCCUUAUUUCCUUUUUAGUUGUUUUGAGGAAUGGAAAGAAAAUGGUGGAAAAGUCAGUGUCAUUCUUGAAACAAUGUUGUCUUCUUCUUCCUAUUUUGUUUUGAUAAGUGUAGCAGAGGUGUCUGUCACAUAUCCUGUGAUUUGUUUUGGUUUCAGGAAGUUCUGACAACAGAUUCCUGAAUAUUGUAACCGUUUCAUUCAGAUGGGACAAGGAGGACUCCAUCUUUCAGUGUUUGAAUAUCUCAACAGACUCUUGUCUCUAGAAACGGUCUUCUUUUCAGGAAUGAAGAUGUCAUCACUCAUCAUUUUUUUGGUUGGGUAUCACAAUGAAAUGGGAUGCGACGUUGUCUCAACAUCCCACUCUUUAUGUAUUCAGAGUAUUGAAAUUCAUAGUAGGCUAAUAAUAGUGAUGAUGAUGAUGAUGAUGAAUAACAAUUAUAAUUAACGGUAGUGUAAAUAUUUUGUAUGGAAAGUGCCAGCUCCUAGGAAGACACUGACUCAACACAUGUGGAAUUGUCAACUGUAUGCAUGGCUAGUAAAUUUAAAAAAGGACUUCAUCGUUUGAGAUUAUAAUAGACUGUGGAAACCAAACACAUACACGUCUGGGUCUGGACACUGUCUCAACUGUAUGUCGUUGUUGCCACGGGGAACCAGACCUUCCCUGGGUUACCAUUUUUCAUUGUUAAUUUUAUAUUUUUUUAUGUGACCAUUUACUCUUUCUCCCUCCCUAAAUGAAUGGUGACACUGUUUCAUUAGGCACCCAAACAAUAAAAGUGUGUUUAACACAAUAUA